AAAAAGAAAACGAAUAUAAAUAAACAAACAUCAAAACAAAUAACAACAGCACGCGGUUGUUUUUAUAAAAACAUAAGCUUUGCCUGCCUGGCUGUACAAAGCGCAACAGCUUCACUCAAUACGUCAAUAACAACAUGUCCUGCAUAUCGAAUAAUUUCAGUUCAUUCUUUCUAAAUUCACUAAACGAUCCAUCGGAAUUCUCAAAAUAUCUGAGUAACGGUGAGUUGAGGUUCUCCUCUUCGUUAGAAGAUUUUCCAGGAUACGGACAGCAGCAGCAACAGCAACAACAGCAACAGCAAUUGACUUGCUCGGUAAGCGGUCAAUUACAAAACGGUGAAAUAUUAAAUAGCAGCAGUAACGACGGCAGCCUAAAUGGCAUCGAUGUUGGAACGCAAUCGUCAAUAACAUCGUCGCAUAACUACAUCAGCUACCAGGCUCAAUCAACGGUUGGUCAUCUGUCGCAACAGCAACAGCAUAUGUUACAACAGAGAUGGCCUGCAGCGGCAUCGGUUGCAGCACAUAAUCCGCAUCACCAUGUUGCUCAACAGCUAUCAUCAACGCAUCCUAACCAUCCGGUUGCCGGUGCUCAACAUUUUGAUGGUUCUUUUGAAUUUUUGAAAUAUUUACGUCAUUCAAAUGACUAUCAUGACGGUAGCCAUGACCCUCAGGUUCAAGGUGCGCCAAACACCGGCACUAAUAGCUGUAGCGCGCAUGCUACAAACGCUGUAGGAACUAAGCAUGAAUCUGCAGCUUCCGCUGUUUCCGCCGUUGCUGUUAAUGCCAGUCUUAUAGACCUCGAUAGCAGUACCACACAUAAAGCCUCACGUUCCUCGCGUAAAAGCGCCGCCUUAUUGUCUUCCGUCGCCACAUCUGCCCCCACACCCAUGGCCAUAGAUGUCUAUGAUCACGAUUCAAAACAUACAAUAUUCGAUUUGCAACAUAUGACCAACGCCACCGUCACUUCGGCGCAUAGCUCCAACUCAAAUGAAUCUUCCAUGGAAUUGUCUUCAUUAACUUAUCCGAAUUCUCAUCUCAACGCUUCCAAUUCGAAUACCUCCUCCGAAGGUGGCACCAACGGCACCGCCACCGGACACGCCGACUUCUCAAUGAUAAGCGUUAAUGGCAAUGCUGCGGCAGCAUCAUCUCCGGCUACCGUUCCAGCGGCAGCCGCAUCAACCGCGCCUAAACCAUUAGCCACGUUCGCCAUUAAAGAGAAUUUCGAUGUACAUUCCUCGCAUAAAAUUGAGGAGGGCAUCUUCCAGCAUAUGAACAAAUUGCCACCCAAAAAGAAAGAUAAUCUACGUCAGUUGGGAGUGCGUUUCACCGGUCAAAUGACACUCAACGAUAAAUCGAUAAUUGUAGACAACUUCAUUAGAUUCUGUCAGGAAUACGAUAUCAAAGAUCAUCGACCGUUUCUAUCACUAAAUCAAAGUGGCCUCAAUAAACCUGAACAAAUCAAAUUUGCACGCUAUCUUGGGCAAGGUUUACCAACAUUUACACUAUUUUGCAUUUAUAGUAAUUUUAAAAAUUUAUUUUGCACAAAACGUACCGAAAUUUAUACAAAAGAUGGCUAUAACUUGCCUUAUAUAUUAGAUAAAACAAAGCGCUUCCUGGCGAAUACCACAGCGGAUCUUAAAAAUAUUAUACAACAGCAAUCAAAUGACGGCAUGGAAUUUACAACGGCCUCAACAACUAUAACAAAUAAUACACCGAUAGUGCAUAGCAAUCAUUGUAGCAGUAGUAAUGCUAGUGGCAACAGUACCAGCAACAGUAGCAAUAGCAAUAACAACAACACCAACAAUAACAAUAACAAUGCAACAAGCACGCAAAAUAAUCAUAAUUGUCAUAUCAAUAAUCAAUUGAAUCCCUUAACCCAACUAACAACAACAGCAACGGCUAUAUUGCAGCAGCAGCAGCAGCAGCAGCAGCAGCAGCAGCAACAACAGCAGCAACAACAACAACAGCAGCAACAGCAACAACAGCAGCAUCAUAUGCAUCAACAGCAUUUAAAUACCAUAGAUUAUGGAAAUCCGAAAUGUGUAAUGCCCCGAGCAUUGGAAAAUCUGAUGAUUUAUGAAAAUUUCGAUGUACACGAAACUCAUCGGAUUGAGGAUGGAAUUUGUACGCAACUAACAAGGUUACCGCCAAAAAAGCAGGAAUUAUUAAAACAGUUCGGUAUUCAGAAUAAUCAGACUGUAACGUAUUAUGAAAAGUAUAUAAUCACCGAAAAUUUCAGCCGAUUUUGCAAUGAAUACAAGGUGGCCGAUCAUCGACCCUUUUUGGAAUUACAGGAGAAUGGUUUAUCCAAAUCUGAACAACUUAAAUUCGUACGCUAUCUGGGCCAGGGACUACCCAAUCUAACUCUCAAUAAAAUCUAUUUAGCCUUUAAAGACGUUUUAGGCUUUAAUCGUAUCGAAAAAAUGAUAACGGAUGGUUACAAUUUGGAGACGAUAUUAAAACGCAAGAAAAAAAACCUUUUGAAUCGUAUGUCAGCUACAGCAGUGAAUAAGGACUGCAAGCCCGAUAUCAAUCCAUCGUCAAUACCUGCUUCAGUUUUAACAACCGCAUCGAGCACCGCUAUCGCCACCAAUAAUGCCCCACAACUGCUGUCGCCAUAUCAACAGCAUAAUGCCUUUAACACUUAACGUUGGUGCUUGAAAGUGUUGGAGCUGGAAAUGCUGUUAUUGGUGGUAACUUUUAAGUUAAACAUCAUAAUAUUUAAUGUUAAAUAUUGUAUUUAAGAAACAAAAUUUUAAUUUAAAAGUUU